CCUGAAGAGGGCCCUACGUCGCUGAUCCGUUUCCAUUCCGAUGCUCCGGACUUCUGCUCGACGUGCCAAAUCGUGGCGGCAGCCCCCCACCCACCCUUCUCAAACAUUUCACACCAAGGGCUACCUUACCACCAUACGCAUUCACACCCACACCUUGCCAACCUCUCACCCGUACGCGCCGUCGGAAUUGCUAGUCUCCAGCUGUUGACUGCUGACUGCUGGUCUCCGCAGCGCUCUACCCAACGCUCUCAGAACUUGGAAGCUUUGAACUUCUGGUACGGGGACCUGAUAGCCAUGGACAAUAGGGGGAUAACGUCUGUCCUCAACUUUCGUGAUGUCGGCUCCACCGUGAACAAGUUUCUUGGACGAAGACUCGUGAGGGAAGGCUUGGUAUUUCGCUCUGCAAGACCAGACGAUGCCACCUUGGCAGACAGAAAACGCCUGCGCGAGGAGCUGGGCAUCAAGGCAGUGAUAGACUUGCGCACAAAAACCGAACACGUCAAGCAGGCCAAGAAGCGCGAGGCCGAUCUCGAAGCUCCCGCCCUCCUCGAAUCUAACGCCGCUCUAGCUGAGCCAUUUCAGAUCUCAGGCCUUACAUACCACGAGAUCCGAAUCACUGGCGGCAAUUUUGAGUGGUUCUUGAUCAGACAGGUAUCUUGGUGGGGUUUGUGCCGCCUCAUCUUCCUUUUUGCCUUCGGCUACCGCAACGAGGGCAUCUCCAUCUUGUCUCGGGAGGUGAUGCUGCCGCGUGGCCUGGUAGGUCUAGGCCUCGACACCCUGGAUCAAUCUGGAGAAGAGAUCGCAAAGGCUCUAAGAAUCUUCAUCGACCCGAAAACUUCACCAACUCUGGUCCACUGCACACAGGGCAAGGAUAGAACCGGACUGAUUGUCAGUCUCGUUUUGUUUAUCCUCGAUGUACCGCUUGAGGCGAUCGAGCAUGACUACAUGCUGACCAGUGGCGCGCUCGAGUCUGAGAGAGAGGAGAGGCUGGCCGAGAUGAGAGAGAUUGGUCUCACAGACGACUGGUUCGAGACGGCGCCUGACAUGAUUGCUCGGACAGGUCGUCAUCUCGACGAGGUCCACGGUGGACUCAACGGAUACCUGGACAAAAUCGGCUUCGGACAGGCCGAUCGUCUGAAGCUUAGGGAGCUACUGUUGUACUGA